CUGCGCGUUGGAAAACAGAAAAGCCAAAAACCGGUCAUGAGAGGCUAGUUAACGACCGUAUACUACCACGCUUGGCGAGUCUUGUUUUUCAAGCGAGAUAUUGCGAUAUUUGCUUAGACGCCGCGGGAUUCACACGACGGCCAGCCGGUAUUUCGAAACAUGGGCGCGUACUUGUCGGAGCCGAAAACGCAGAAGGAGUCGAGCGACGAAGUGGGAAAGAAUGUUGCAUACGGUGCGAGCUCCAUGCAAGGCUGGCGGGUCAGUCAAGAGGAUGCCCACAACUGUUGUAUAGAUUUCGAUGAGAAUUGUUCGCUGUUUGCUGUAUACGAUGGCCAUGGAGGACAUGAGGUUGCAACAUACUGUGCUCAGAAACUUCCUGAUUUUAUUAAACAGACAGAAGCUUACAAAAAUGGCGACAUCAGACAAGCUCUGAUAGAUGCUUUUCUUGGUUUUGAUGCCACUCUCACAACACCAGAAGUAGUCAAUAUCCUCAAAGAGUUAGCGGGAACGUCUUUUACUUCAGAGAAAAAAGCCAUUGAUACAAACGAAUCUGAUGAAGAAGAGAAUGUUAAUAAUCUAUGUAUGGAAGCGACAAUGCCGUUGGAACAAGUAAUAGCGAAGUACCAAUCAGGGAUGCCAAAUCCUCAUGUUAAAAACUUGAAAGGAGAGAAAUGUAAACGCGCGUUUGCGAGUCCUUACCUACGCGGUCGCAGAGGGCGCGAGAAAGCUAGUUGCUCGUCGUCCGGUGAGGGAUGUUCGUCAUUGCCAUCGCCACCACCCACAUCGUCUUCGUCCUCGUCGUGGAAUACAAAUGAGACAGAUGUGAGUAGUUCGAGUCAGCCUUGCGGAUCGACACUAUCAAGCACCGUUGAGCGAAAAGACUCCGACUGUCCGGGAAGCAAUGAGGCCGAGCAAGUAUUGGACUCGACAACAAGCAACGGCAGUGCUCACACGUCUCCGCCAGUGGAAUCUACUGCGGACGCGGAACUUGCUAAACCCAUGGAUAUGCCUGACAGUUCCGAAGACGUGAAGGAAAUCUCAAGUCCCGGAAAAACAACACAAUGCGUUGAGUCCAAUGCCAAUGAAGUAGAGGUUAAUGGUGCAAAAUCUAAGAGAGUGGAGGACGCGGAUAGCAGUAAAGGCGGAGGAGACAAUGUGUCAAGCAGUUCUUGUACUCCUGUAGAGAACGGAGACGCAGGUCAGCAAGAGCGAAUAACCAGCAGUCGAAAAAAAAUUCAAUCUGUGGAUCUUUACCAAAGUUUACUUAAAAAAGACAGUGAUGAGUCCGACGAAGAUGAUGACGAUGACGAAAAUGAUGAAACGUUCGACGGUGUUCCUGGAAGCGAAGAAGAUGAUACGGACGACGUUGACGAUGAAAGCGAUGAAGAUGAAGAUGAUGAGAUCGAAGAAGAAGAUCUAGAUCAGGAGUCUGACGAAGACGCUGACGAUCUCAUGAUUAAUGCGGAAAAGCCCGGUUCGGACAGCGGAUGUACCGCGGUUGUAGCGAUUCUCAAAGGCAACGAAUUGUACGUGGCCAAUGCCGGAGACUCUCGUUGUGUUCUAUGCAGAGACGGUCAAGCUAUUGAACUCAGUCUGGAUCACAAACCUGAAGACGCACCGGAAAUGGAACGUAUAGUAAAAGCAGGCGGAGAAGUGACGAGUGACGGCAGAGUGAACGGCGGUUUGAACCUAUCCAGAGCGCUCGGCGAUCAUGCGUACAAGAAGAAUAUGGUGUUACCGCCCCAAGAACAAAUGAUCUCCGCUCUACCGGAUGUGAGGCACAUCACAAUCGAACCGGGGAAGGACGAAUUUAUGGUGCUCGCGUGCGACGGAAUAUGGAAUUUUAUGACCAGUCAAAGCGUUGUCCAGUUUGUACGCACUCGGUUGUCACAAAGUGGCUAUGAAAAUAUUUCGAAGAUCUGCGAGGAGCUGUUUGAUCAUUGUCUCGCGCCGGACACUCUUGGCGACGGAACGGGUUGCGACAACAUGACCGCCGUUAUAGUCAAGUUCAACUUACCGAAAAAUGAAAUUGUCAAGAACAACGCCGUUGCCGAGGUAUGCGUUGCAAAGAAGCGAUCGCCCUCCCCAAUCGCCGAAGAGAAUAAAGAAUGCGUAACGGGUGAAAACGUAAUAAGCCCCUGCAAACGCACUAAGACCGAGGCAGCUAUGUGAAGUAAGUGGCGCACCACGUCGUGAACUGAUCUCCGGAAGCGGACGAAUGAAUGUGAGUUUUAUGUGAAAUUACGUAAGAAAUUCUUUGUAUUACUGCGUAAAAUUCUAGCAUUUUUGCAGUAACGAAGAGCGAAAUAGUGUGUAGGGUGUGUUAAUUGUGUUGGUCGCUGCUGACUGGUCGAGUGGAGCACGUGGGAAUAUAUAUAUAUAUACACACACGCAUAUACACAUACAAAAUACACACACACACACUUAUAAUAAUAUUAUUUUCCGAAAGAACGUUUAUAUUUCUCGAUAUAGUACGCAUCGAAUAUUUGCUUCUCUUUUUUAAGUUUGCAUCUUGUGCAUUUCUAUUUAACAGCAUGUGCAUACAUACGUACAGUGAAACACAAUCUGUGAGAAAGAAUUCUUGGGUUUGGCACAACAACAUUGACAACAUUAGAAACGUCUUGUAUAUUUUAUUAUAGCCACAUCAGUAACAAAGCAAUAGGGGUAAGAGAUACAGUGAUUGGCCACUUAAGGAAAACUGCGCUAUAUAGAGUAAAUUAUAAAAUUAAAUUUAAUAACUUGAAGUAAAUCUUCAGUACUACUAGCUCAAACAAACUAUAACAAUCGCAAAUAAACUAAUAAAUUUAUUAGAAAAUUUGAAAAAUUGUUCAAAAUUUGAUAAAAUAUUUCCUAUAGUCAAAAUAGACAGUUAUUGGCCAUAUGAGUUCUGUUAGUAUCUGUUUACAUAACANUUAUCAUAAUAAAGUUUUUAUUUUGACUUAUGAAAAUAUAGGAAUGAAUAUUUUAUUUAUAACACAUUAAAAACUAACAAACCUACUUACAUUUGUAUUUAUAACUCAAAAUAAGAGGCCAAUGACUGUCAUAUGGUUUUCAUAACCUUAAAAACAGUGAUUGGCCAGUUGGUCAAUGAUUAUCGUAUAACAAUAAGUUUUUGAGCUUCUUAAAUACUAUAAUAUUACUUUUAUUCGGAGCAGAAAAACUUAAUUAAUAUUAAAAUGUUUAUAAUUUAGAAUAUAAUGAUAGUAUUUUUUUUAUAUUUAUUACUACUUUACUACAUGGCCAAUUACUGUUGGGAGGCCAACAACUAUACUGUUUACCCCUAUGUUGUUAUUGUCAAUAAUGUUGCGUCUAAUCUGAACGCAGUUUUAUUUUUUAAGUUUUCAUUGAAAAAUAAUUCAUCGUACGGUCUAACAUUUUAAUUAUAUUAUGUAUAAAAAAUAAAUAUACCGAUUCAAAAAAAAAAUUCAUUUAAUAGAAUUCAAAAUAGUUCAUCCAUUUUUUUAAUAAGUAUAUUCACAGACAUAAUAAGUGAUAGGUGUGUACGCUCAAUUUAAAGUGUACAAUUGUUUCUAUAGGAUUUUGUAGAAUUUGAUCAUUAAACUGUACUUGGAAUGCUCGCUUCAAUGAGAAUAAGUCGCGAGAAAAAGGAUAGAUUGCUCAUGCAUCAUUCCUUUCGUUAUUUUUCUGUCUCAUUCUUUUAUCACUGAUUGUUUUAUCAUAGCAGUUUUCAUUGUAGUGACAAGCAUUCCGUUAUAAUGAGUUCACACAAUUUGGACAUAUUAAUAGGACUUUAAUUGUUCUUCGUAUAAUUUCUCAUAUAAUUCUUUUUAAAUUAGGUAAAUGACGUAAUGGGUGCUGAUAAGUGAACAAUGAAAUAAUUUUCAUACACUUGAAUAUGUACGAAAAUAAAGUUAGAUAUUAAUUUGGAUAAAUAACUUUUUCUUUUUUUUUUUUUCUUUUUUUUCAUUAUUAUAUUUCUUAUUUCACAUUUUUUUCCAUUUAAUAAUUUUUACUCUUUUUCUCUGCUCGACAAACAUAUCAUAUUUUCAUAUUAUGAUAAUGACAAUUUUCUCAAAACUAUUGUAAGAACACAAAAUUCAAAAUAUAAUAAAUUUUAUUUUAAUACAUGUAAACAAUUCUUUUAUGUUGAAGACUAAUUAAUUGAUUAUUGACGUUAAACUUAUAAAAAUAAAUAAAUAUGUGUUUGUGUUUCAUUGUGUCAUUUAUUUUGAACUAUAAUAAAAAAAAGUUUAAUAAUUUUCCUUUUUGAU